AGGGUUCCCAAAUUGUUAGUCCCCCUCAAUCGUGACCAUAAUCUGUUUCAUCUACUGAAUUUCUUGGGUGUUCAUUCAAGAUCAAGAAGAAAUUGGAUCCACAGUGCAUCUACGGUUGAUUGAUCGUAGAAUUUGUUCACCAAGGCCCACCGGUCCCGUUCAUGGAAAGGGUACAGAUCAGAAGUUUGUAUGUUUUCUAAACACGCAGAAAAAAUAUUCUUUACGGUACGUCAUUCGUGAAUCGUGAACGAUACUUUUGGGGUUGGGCACUUGGGCGGGAAGCUGGGCUCUCGAGUCUCGUCUGGUGGAGGUUGGUUACUUUACGCUAAGGUGGUGUAUGUUAGCAUCACGCGGCGCACUCUUAUCGGUUACCUGCUUUUUAAAAACGGAGACGCUUUGAGACUUGCGUCGUGAGCUCGUCUGCGUCCCGUCGUUCUCUUCUAUUCUUCUUUCUUUCUUUCGCUGGUCUUGCCGUCAUCAUCCUUGGCGCUAUGGCUCAGACAGUUGUCCUCAAGGUUGGUAUGUCUUGUCAAGGCUGUGCAGGAGCUGUGAAGAGGGUUCUUGACAAAAUGGAAGGUGUGGAGUCAUUCGACAUUGAUUUGAAGGAGCAGAAAGUGACGGUGAAGGGCAAUGUGCAGGCUGAUGCAGUCUUCCAAAAUGUCUCUAAGACGGGAAAGAAGACUUCCUUCUGGGAAGCAGAAGCCCCAGCAGAAGUUCCAAAAGAAGCCCCAGCGGAAGUUCCAAAAGAAAUACCAGCAGAAGUUCCAAAAGAAGCCCCGGCAGAAGCUGAGGCAAAACCCACAGAAGUUGUUGCUGCUCCUUGAUGUGUUCAACUUCAGCCCAUUUGUUAAGAGUUAAUGGUCUAUUAAUGGGUUGAUUUGGUUUGGCUUUCAUGUGAUCGCGUGGUCGUAAUGUUAGGGUGGAAAGUAUGUGGCGUUUUCUUCUAGUGUGUUUGAGAUAUCUCUCUAGCGAAAAGAAAUGGAGGACUGUAAUCUCGCUCUAUCCUUAUGUAUGCUAUCAAAGUAUUAAGGGAACGUGUAUUUGUAUAUCAAAUCCCGUUUAACUUGUUCUUUGACUAUGAUGA